GAGCAGGGUGAGACUCGCACUUGGAAGAGAAAGGAGAAUACCAACCUUCACCUCUCUGAAAGGAACAGCUGGGUUUGAUUUAUGAAACGGAAAUAAACAGAUUAAAUGAUUGAAGGAGUCAUAUCAUAGAAAACAAUCGCUAUUUGCUGUCAAGGAGAUAUACCUAGAUAUAAGCUACCGAGAGAGGUUGGCUAUUGGUGAGCAGGGUUGUUGGUUAACGGUAGGUUUAUAGAGCACGAGCGCUGAAAUAAGCCGAAGAGGGAGCGUUUUCAGAACCUUGGAUAGAGCACGCGAGCGAGCGGGACCAUGGCUCCAAUGGUGACGAAAGAAAUGCAGUUUGAGGUGCCGGUGAGUGUUGCUGUGGUGAGUGUGUUUGGCCUAGUGUCCUGCAUCUCCAUCUUCGCCUGGAUCUGCUGCCAACGUAAGAACACCAAGUCCCAGGGGACAACACCCUACAAGUUCAUGCACAUGCUCAAAGGCAUCGACAUCUACCCAGAGAGCCUCAGCGACAAGAAUAUGGACAGCAAGAUCGACGUCAACGGAAACUGUAAUGUCAACAGCACCAAUGGUAAACAACAACAACAAGUGGCCUCCAGCCCAGCAGAGGGCAGAACGGCCCUCCACCUCGACCUGGAAAAACAACAAGACCUGAACGACAACUUCACCAUCACUACCAAACCUCCACACCCCAACGUCCAGAUCCACACCAAGGUCCGCAGCUCCCCAGACUUGGACCUCCCCAUGCCCCACCCAGGGUUCAGCCAAACUGGGGUUAGAGACCUGGCCCUGGUCUCCCCCACCAGUGGCAGUCUCUCCAGCCAGGCCACCACCCACACCCAAGGGGACGCGGACCACAACAAACCCCAGGACGGAGGCCCCGAUGUCGGCCUUGGGACCCUCCACUUCUCCCUGGAGUACAACUCAGAGAAGAAGGCCUUCGUGGUUCACAUUAAGGAGGCCCACGGGCUGACUCCGACCGACGAUCAGUCCUUGACUUCUGACCCCUACAUCAAGCUGACCCUGCUGCCUGAGAAGAAGCACCGGGUCAAGACCCGCGUCCUGAGGAAGACUCUGGAUCCGGUGUUCGACGAGACCUUCAGCUUCUAUGGGAUCCCAAUGGUCCGCAUGCAGGAGCUGUCGCUCCACUUCAUGGUGCUCAGCUUCGAUAGGUUCUCCCGUGAUGAGGUUAUUGGCGAGAUGCUCAUCCCAUUGGCCGGGAUCGACCUGACGGAGGGGCGUGUCCUGAUGAGCCGCGAGAUCAUCAAGAAGAAUGUCAGGAGGAGUGCAGGUCGAGGGGAGCUGCUGUUGUCUCUGAGUUACCAGUCUACCACCAGUACUCUAACAGUCGUGGUGCUGAAGGCUCGCCACCUGCUGAAGACCGACAACCACAGCCCCUCAGACCCAUAUGUGAAAGUCAACCUCUUCAAAGGGAAGAAGCGUGUCAGUAAAAAGAAGACCCAUGUGAAAAAGUGUUCCCCCAACCCUGUGUUCAACGAGCUGUUUGUGUUCGACGUGGCCUCUCAGGAGGGGCUGAAGGAGACCAGCGUAGAGCUCCUGCUCAUGGACUCUGAGUCUCCACCAACCAGGCAGGGGGACUCCUCCCAUUCCCCCAAUCCCAUCUUGGGGCGCCUGAUCCUGGGUACGGCUUCUGCCGGCACCCCCGGGGAGCACUGGAGGGAGAUCUGCGACCACCCGCGCCGGCAGAUUGCCAAGUGGCACAUCUUGUCCGAAGACUAGGGUUUUUGUUGAGGCUUCGCCGUCAAGGUUACAGCGGAAC